UCCCUUGCUGGUUUUUGCUACUCCCCUCCACUUCCUCCUCCUCCUCCUCCUCCUCCACUCCAAUCCAAACCCUAGCCGCGCGCGCCCCAAUUCGGCGCGGCGGCGCGGCGACCUACCCCGGGAAGAUCCCGGCCUCCGCAUGCCGCGCCCGUGGCGGCGGCGCCGGCGCGGGAGGUGGGCGGAGUGAGUGUAGGCAGCGGGCAUGGGGUGCGUGUGCGGGAGGGCGGCUGCGGUGGAUGAUGGGAGGUGCGGGGCGGCGGCGGAGGCAGCGGUGGCGGCGGGGAAGGGUGUGGGGAUGGGGGUGGGGAUGGUGAGGAGGGAGGGGGAGGCGAGGAAGGUGCAGGCGAGGGUGGGGGGGAGGGAGGAGGCGGCGGAGAGGAGGAGGGCGGCGGCGGCGGCGAUGGCGAUGGCGGCGUGCAGGGUGAGGAGCCCCGUGCCGAGGGCGGUGGAGGGGGAGCAGGUGGCGGCGGGGUGGCCGCCGUGGCUCGUCUCCGUCGCCGCGGAGGCCGUGCGCGGGUGGGUGCCUCGCCGCGCCGAGUCGUUCGAGAAGCUCGACAAGAUUGGUCAGGGAACAUACAGUAAUGUUUACAGAGCUCGCGAUCUUGAAAAGGAGAAGAUUGUUGCCCUAAAGAAAGUGCGGUUUGAUAAUUUGGAACCUGAGAGUGUGAAGUUCAUGGCCAGGGAAAUCCUUAUUUUGCGACGGCUUGAUCAUCCAAAUAUUAUUAAGCUGGAGGGUCUAGUAACUUCAAGAAUGUCUUGUAGCUUAUAUCUUGUUUUUGAGUACAUGGAACAUGACCUAGCUGGACUAGCUUCUUUUCCUGGAGUGAAAUUUACUGAGUCUCAGGUUAAAUGUUACAUGCAGCAGCUACUCUGUGGCCUUGAGCAUUGUCAUAGUCGUCACAUUCUGCACCGUGACAUUAAGGGUUCCAAUCUUUUGAUUGACAACCGAGGCAUUUUGAAGAUAGCUGAUUUUGGCCUAGCAAGUUUCUUUGAUCCUGAACAACGUCACCCUUUGACUAGUCGUGUGGUCACACUUUGGUAUAGACCACCAGAACUUUUGCUUGGUGCCACAAAUUAUGGUGUUGCUGUAGAUCUUUGGAGUUCUGGCUGCAUUCUUGCUGAGUUAUAUGCUGGCAAGCCUAUCAUGCCUGGUAGAACUGAGGUUGAGCAGUUACAUAAAAUAUUUAAACUCUGUGGUUCACCAUCAGAGGACUAUUGGAGGAAGUCUAAACUUCCUCAUGCCACAAUUUUUAAGCCACAGCAUCCAUAUGCUAGGCGUGUAUCAGAAACAUUUAAAGAUUUUCCUCCGCCUGCUGUGGCGUUAGUGGAUGUUCUUCUUUCAGUUGAUCCAGCAGAUCGAGGAACAGCAUCUUCUGCAUUGCAAAGUGAGUUUUUUGCAACAAAACCAUAUGCUUGCAAUCCUUCAAGUCUGCCGAGAUAUCCCCCAAGCAAAGAGUUUGAUGCAAAACGGCGAGAGGAGGAAGCUCGGAGGCAAGGUAUUGCUGGAGGAAAGCAACACAAGUAUGAUCCUGAAAGACGGACUAGAGAGUCGAGAGCAGUUCCUGCACCUGACGCAAAUGCAGAAUUAGUGUCAUCUUUGCAGAAAAGACAAAACCAAGUCAAUGCCAAGAGCAGGAGUGAGAUGUUCAAUCCCAGCAAGGAAGACUCUGCAUCUGGCUUUCCGAUUGAGCCACCCAGGCCAACUCAUCCUGCUGAAUCGUCUCAAGACUCUCAACGUGUCUACACAAGAACAUUCCAUUCUGGGCCUCUAGUUAAUCAAAAUAAACCUUCAAAGGCUGGACGGAGUGAAAAUGGCGAUAUUCAUCUUUCUGGUGUUGCAAACGCAUCGGACUUCCGUGUGGUUGUAUCAACAAGAUCAAAUAUUCGUUCAGAUAAUGGCAAUGGAACAGUGGUUACUCAAGCCGAAGCCUUUCCGCAUGAACGGAGGCUGUCUGAAUCUAUAAAUGAGCGUUUCAGUAGUAGUGGAAAGUAUGAUCAAGUAUUUCAGCAGAAAGAUGACAGGAGUAGCAGGGUGGAUGGAGCUAUUGGCUAUGGAUCAAAGGGUAACAAGAUCCACCAUUCUGGGCCUCUAAUUUGCCCUUCAGGCAAUGUCGAUCAGAUGCUGAAGGAAAAUGACCGCCAAAUUCAAGAAGUCUUCCGCCGAACCCGGGUUGAGAAGUCAAGAGCAAGGAGAGGCCAUGGGCACUCCGGGGAUGGGCAUCAUCAGUUUGGCCUAAGACCCAGUGACUUUGGCGCUGCCCCGGUCUUCCCUUCAAGCCGCUCCAGCUAUCGAGCUAUGCAGCAGUAAGGCCAAUGCUUAGCAAGUAAUUUCGUAUCGACGUGAUUUUGCAAGAGAAGUUUUAUUGGCUUCCUUUCCCCCAUAUUUCCGGGGGAUAUAUAUCACGUUAUGUACAGGAAAGUCUAGCUGUGAAAUGCCUUUUAAUUGGGAAAAAAAACUUUGAAGGAGAGGGAAGAAGGCCAUUUGUUAAUUUAGCGGCAAUUUGGGUGUUCUACAGAUGUCAUUAUCAUGAGGCUGGCAAUUCUCCAUGUUCUGGUUUCAGUUUGCUGAAAUGCUAGCUCAAUUGUAUAUUUCAGAUUGCUAGGUAUGCUGUGUGAAUUAGAUCUACGAAGUUUUGGGCAUGCUUGGUUCCUUGUUUUUGUAUAGUGUACCCCACGCUAGUGGGUCGUACGCCCUACAUGUGGCCAAGUUAUUGAGAAAUCUUGCUUACUCCUUGCUAAGACAUGCUGUGCAAUGGGACCAAACAUGACCAAAACCUGUUAACUAGGUUCCGAGUUGCACGUGGGGUUUCAUUUUAGUGAAAUUUGCAAAACUUCAGUGGUUGCAGUGAAUGUACGUCCUGCAUGUGGCCAAGUUGAUGAGAAAUCUUGCCUAGUACUUGCUAGGAAAGGCUGUGGAAUGGAACCAAACAUGAUCAGAACUUGUCAAGUUCCAAUUGCACUCAGGGUAUUCAUUUUCGGUCAAAUUUGCAAAAUUCAGUGGUUAUUGUGAGUCCUAUGAUUCUGAAAUUGUGUGCCCGAGUAAUGUAAAUGUUGAGUCAGACUAAAUCGUAGUCUUAUGUGUACUUCAUAAAUGUAUAUUAUGUAUAUUAAAUAUCUGUUAAAAUUUA